AUGGAUUUGGCGUCGGUCAACGAGGAGCUGGCCGAGAUCGACGGGCAGAUCGGCGACAUCCUCCGCGCAUUGCAAAAUGGGUUCCAGAAGCUGGAGAAGAUCAAGGAUGCCAACCGCCGCAGCAGGCAGCUGGAAGAGCUUACUGACAAGAUGCGAGAUUGCAAGAGACUCAUCAAAGACUUUGAGCGAGUUAGCAAAGACGAGGCUGGGCAUACUGAUCCGACGACAGCAAAAAUGUUGCAUGAUAGGAAGCAGUCAAUGAUCAAAGAAUUGAACUCCUACGUUGCUCUUAAGAAACAACAGGCAAGUGAAAACAAGAGAAUUGAUCUUUUUGAUGGGCCAAGUGUUGAAGAUGGCUUUGGUGAAGAAAAUGUCCUGUUAGCAUCAAAUAUGACAAACCAGCAGUUAAUGGAUCAAGGCAAUCAACUUAUGGAUGAAACUGAUCAAGCUAUUGCACGAUCUAAGCAGACUGUCCAAGAAACCAUGAAUGUGGGCACAGAGACUGCAGCUGCUCUGAAAGCACAGACAGAACAAAUGAGCAGAGUUGUUAAUGAGCUGGAUUCCAUUCAUUUCUCCAUCAAAAAGGCAUCUCAAUUGGUGAAAGAAAUCGGUAGACAGGUUGCAACUGAUCGAUGCAUCGUGGCCAUGCUUUUUCUCAUUGUUGCUGGAGUCAUAGCUGUAAUAAUUGUUAAGUUUACAGAACUGUGGAAAUUGAAUUCCUCCUCAAAGGGCACUUUGUUCUUGUGGGAGGCCUUUUGGUUUGAUGUGGAAUUUACAGAACAAAGUGGAAAUGAAUUUGUCCUCAAUGGGCAUGUUGUUCUUGUGGGAGAUGAACUGACAAAGUGGGCAAAAUAG